GACGGCGGCGCUCGCCAAUAGUCGCCGGCGGCCUGUGAGGGCACUCCGAAGGGCGAGGGGAGGGCUUGGCCUCUCGCGCCUAGUUUCCCCGUGUCUCUGCGCCUGGGUCUGUGGGCCGUCCCCUGCAAGCUCCCAGAGGCGGCACAGCCCCCGAGAGCUUGGCUAUCUGACAGAUUUCCUUCGGUAAGAGGGGACUCCUGAAGCUCUGCAAAACGAGUGUGGUGUGUGAUUUCAAGGCGCGAUGGCUGCAAAAGUGGUUCCAUUGCCCCUAAAGCCAAAGCGGUCCUUUAUACUGAGAGUUCCUCCAGACUCCAAGCUGGGCCAAGACCUACUUCGAGAUGCUACUAGUGGGCCCAAGACCAUCCACCAGCUAGUUCUGGAGCACUUCCUCACCUUCUUGCCCAAGCCAAGCGUGGUGCAGCCCAAUCAGAAAGUCAAGGAGACUUUGGUUAUUAUGAAGGAUGUGAGCUCAAACUUUCAGAACAGAUUGCAACCUCAUCCCAUAGUGAAGCUUCUACCCAGAGAAGGAAUCCAGCAGAAACAGGACACAUUGUCUCUGUAUCUGAAAACUGAGCCUGAGGAACUGGUGGUCUUUGAGGAUUUGAAUGUAUUUCACUCCCAAGAAGAAUGUGUGAGCCUAGAUGCUACUCAACAACCCACCUCAGAGAAGGAAGACAGUGUUGGGGAGAUGAUGUUAUUGGACAAUGACAUUAAUCCUGAGAGUGACGAUCUUCAGAAGGAACCUGGAGAGAGUGAAGAUCAUAGAGAAAAGACUUCAGAUUGUGAUGAAGUGGACUGUUCUAUGGUCUCUGAGCAAUCUCCGUAUUGCCAUAAAGACAGACUAAGUACAUCCACUCCAAAACAAAGGAAAGUGAGAAAUCUUCUAGUUACUAUUGAAAAUGAUACUCCACUAGAGGAACUCUCAAAGUAUGUGGAUAUCAACGUGAUUGCACUUACCCGAAAUCGGAGAACGAGAAGAUGGUACACUUGUCCAUUGUGUGGGAAACAGUUUAAUGAAAGUUCUUACCUUAUAUCCCACCAGAGGACUCACACUGGUGAAAAACCCUAUGACUGUAGUCACUGUGGGAAAAGCUUCAAUCAUAAAACAAACCUUAAUAAACAUGAGCGAAUCCAUACAGGAGAGAAACCUUAUUCAUGUUCUCAGUGUGGGAAAAACUUUCGUCAGAACUCUCAUCGGAGUCGCCAUGAAGGAAUCCAUAUAAGGGAGAAAAUAUUUAAGUGUCCAGAAUGUGGGAAAACCUUCCCAGAGAAUAAAGACUUUGUGCUUCAUCUGCAGAGUCAUGAGGCUGAGAGGCCGUAUAGUUGCAAAAAAUGUGGGAGAAGAUUUGGUCGGCUUUCCAACUGUACCCGGCAUGAAAAAACCCACUCAGCAUGUAAGACACGAAAGCAGAAAUGGGAUCAGGAAAGGUCUGAUGGUCCUGCCUUGACCUGAAAUGUUUAAUAGGGAAUUCUAAAUUCCCAGGCUUCUGAAAAGAUGCAGAUAUGUGAAAACCUCAUUAUAGUCAAAAUUGGGAAAAUACCCAUCUUGGCUGAAACCUCAAAGUUUUAGAAAAUUUCACAGGGAAGAAGACAUUCUCAAGGGCUAUACCUCAGUCAGCAUCCACAUUUUCUGGAUUAAGGAGCUCUCUUUUGUGAACUUCUACAACAAUGUACAGGCCACAGAUCCCUUUUCCCCAAAAGGCUUUGAAUAGGGGUCUGGAGGCCACUUACCUGUAAGGUGAACAGAGUGGCUCAUGUGUACGGAAAGUGUAUCCAUUUUCCCCCCACACAGGAAUUCACACUUGUGAAAAAAAAAAUAAUGCAAAAGUCCUUAUCUGGAACUGUGUUCCCCUGCGAGAACCAAACUACUGAUUUAUUAAGCCAAGAGCUUCUGUUAACAGUUCACAUAACCUUCUAAGAAUACCCUGUUGAAGCUUGAGUGUUGAAAGGGAUUGUUUACUUUGGAAUAUAGGAAAAUAACAGCAAGUGAAUGUCAAAGACUUACUCUGUCAUUUGUAUGUGAUCUAAACUAACCAUCGAUGUCAGUAACAUUUGCAUUUUGCAGUGAAAAGUGACUUUUACAGGAAUACUUUUCACAACAUACUUUUAAAGUGUCUGUUGUUCUUAACUGCAUUUUUUGUCCAGCCCUUCGUCGCUCAGAUAGCACUCAUGCCUUUCCAUUGCCAAAAGAAGUUUGGAUCACUCAGGCCCAGCCACCCAGCCCUACUACUGGUAAAGCUCUUCAGAAUCUUGUCCCUCUGCUGAGCCAAGAAGAAGGCCUGCUAGGAAGGAAAUCCAAGUGCUGGAAGAGGAAGACGUCGGCUUGGACACAUGACUGGCCAGUAACCUUACCAUGUGCUCACUUCGCCUCCAAGCUGUCUUCAGACCCUUGGCAAUGGGUGGUCACUACCUCACAAGCAAAGUGUUUUAUUUUUAACAGUUGUCUCCAGUGGCUAGUUCACAUUGCCCCUCGAGAGGCAGGAUUCCAGAGUCUUCAUUGUAGUGGAUGUUUGUUCUCUUUGGCCUCCUGAUACCCAGACUUUCCUGACGUGUCCACCCAGAGGCCAGGCCAGCGGUGCCUUCACGGGACCGAUCCUGUGGUGUGUUAUUUUAAAGAUUCUUGAUCAGUUUUGCUUUAUUUUAGGUUUCCUGGAAGUUUACAUUGGUAUUUUGAUUGAAAUAGGUUAAUCCUAUAAACUAUUUGGGAAAACUUGUUAGCUUUACAAAUUUUGUUUCCCAUGCCUUUAUUAAAGUAUUGUAUUCCUGAGUAAAUGUUUCUAAUUUUCUUAACGUAAGUUGUAUACGACUUUGUUAUUGCAAAUAGUUUUUUUUCCAUUGUAUUUUUCUAGUUGGUUCUUGCUUUUACAUAGGAAAGUUAUUUUUAAUUGUAUAUUUGUGAAACUAGCCACUUCAUCGAAUGUUAAUUUUCAGUAAUUUCUCAGUUCUGUUACAAUCUGUGGUUCAAAAUUAUACCAUCUUCAAAUAAUAGUUUUGUUUCUUUCUGC